AUUUCUAUUCCUAAUACUUCAAAACUGAACUGUGUCUCGUGGAUGCACACAAACCAUUAUAUUGUAGUCGGUGGCCAAGGAGGGGUUUUAAAAGUUAUUAAACUUUCAGAAGACUGCGGUAAGUAUAGUCUUCAAAAUAUUCUGUUUUUUAAAAGCUACUGUCUGUUUACAGGCAACGUAGAAAGAGCGGUGUGGAACGAAACGUAUCAAAAGUUGACCUCGAGUGAUAGCAAUGGAUUAAUUAUUGUCUGGUUGGUUCAAAAAGAAAGCUGGUUUGAAGAGAUGAUAAAUAACCGAAAUAAAUCUAGAGUAGUGGGCAUGGCAUGGAACUCAUUUGGUACAAAAAUUGCAAUAGCGUACGAAGACGGAAUUGUUGUUAUUGGUGCCGUUGAAGGCCAUGGUCUUUGGACAAAAACGAUCGAGCCUGAUCUUUGUGCAGUCUGUUGGUCGUCAGAUUCGACAUUGCUGCUAUUUGGACUUAAAAGCGGUAAAGUGUAUGCUUACAAUGCCAAUGGAGAUCUAUUGCAUCAGUUGCACACCCCUGAAGUCGAAAACGCUGAAGCAGAUCCUUCUUCUGACCUUGAAAGUACACGUAUCACGUAUGAAUAUCAGGUCAAUGGUAACCGUUCGAGGCUUUUUAUUGCUUAUCAGUGUGGUGUGGUUCAGUUAAUGCGAAAUAACACUGAUCCCUUUCCAGUGGUUGUACGAAUAUCGAACUUAAUAAUCAAUGGAGCCAAAUGGAGCCCAAAUGGUCGAUUUAUUGCAAUUUGUGGCGCUGAAACUGUUCUAGAAACAUGCCGGAACGUUGUUCACUUAAUGUCUGCGUACGGCGAGCAAUUACGAAUGCUAUAUUUGCCGGGAGAAGCAAUUAGCGAUUUGAGUUGGGAAGGCACUGGAACUCAGUUGUGUUUUGCCAUUGACAGUCAUAUCUUUUUUACAAAAGUUCGAUAUGAUUAUAAAUGGGCGUACUGUGGACAAACAGUGGUUUUCGGUUACGAACCAAAUGAAGGUUUACGACAAUGUGUGGCAUUUUUCGAGACCAAGCUGGAAGAGUGCUAUUUAAAAUAUGUUAAAAAACUUAUAGGAGUUUCAGCCUGUGGAAAUCACUGUGUUAUUGCAACUAAAGCUGAUGAACAACUUAAUGAAUAUCAACUACAAGUUUGCAAUGGGAUUGGAACACCGGUGGACAACAAAACUAGCGAAAUAGAGCCGCGAUUUAUGGCUAUGAAUCGGUCAGUGGUAGUGGUUGCCAGCGAGGAGGCAUUUUUUGUUUGGCAUUUUACGAAUCCGGAGGAGAAGCAGAAGGCAUCGAUGACCUUAGAAGGGACUUCGUCGGACAUAAUUUACUUUGGAGACGAUAUUAAAUAUAAUGAUGACAAGAAAGCGGAUGGAAGCAAGAAGGCGAUGCGAGAUUUGUUUUGUGCAGUUGCAGUCUCAAACAAUUUCUUUUUACUGUGCCGACAAUCAGGAAUGGUUCAUCGUUACACUUUGCCGGGUACUCAACUGCAGUCGUCAUUUUCGUUGGGUUUACGACCAGAUCGGAUUCAUUUGAACUGCACUGGCACCAAGGCCGCUGUGCUAGUUUCACAAGUACUGAAAUUUUUUCAGUUCAAAGAGCAUGGCGCUUCACAGCUGAAAUACGAACGGAAAGACGUCUGGGACUUUAAAUGGGAUUCUGAAAAUGAAGACGCAAUAGCUGUAGCCGAAAAGAAUAGGUUGUACAUUUUGAAAGAUCUUAAAGCGGAUGAACCUGUUUUAAACAAUGGAUACAUUUGCUCAUUUGAUAAUCUGGUCAUGCGAACUGUUGAUAUGGAUGAAAUUAUGCUUAAUCCAGAAACGCCAAAAAUCUCAUGUAUUAAAGAAAUUGAAGACAAGUGUUUGAGAGAUGCGAAAAACAUGUUAGAAAAAGUUAACAUCCUUGGAGCGACAGAAUUUAUCGAGAAAAACAGUCAUCCAAAGUUGUGGUCAUUGUUAGCGGAAGUUGCUUUGAAACGACUGGAUACAGCAACCGCAGAACAUGCUUUUGUAAUGUUGAAAGACUAUGCUGGGAUACAACUGAUUAAAAGAAUUAACUCAAUUCAGCGAGAAGCAAUGAAAAAAGCCGAGGUAGCCCUGUUUUAUGGACGAUUCAACGAAGCCGAAGCCAUUUACAUCGAGAAUGAUAGAAAAGACUUGGCAAUUGCAAUGCGUUCCAAGUUUAAUGAUUGGUUUUACAUAGCGGAAGAAGCUGCCAGAAGUCAAGGUUCAUACGGCGAUGAUCAGCUGCAGAGAAAGGCAUGGAAAGAAAUUGGUUUACAUUGCCUGGAGCGUCAAUCCUGGGGUAAAGCUAUGGGAUAUUUCGAGAAAGCUGAAAGUUACGAAUACAUGAUUAGAUGCGCCUUGAUGACUGAAGAUUAUGACAAGCUGGAAUCAAUUGCCAAACAGCUACCAGAUGGCAAUUCUCUCCUGGAGGAAAUUGGCGAUCUUUUCGGAGCGGCUGGGCUCUGUGAACAAGCUGUCUCCUGUUAUCUCCGGUGUGACAAAGCAAAAGCUGCAUUGGACAUUUGUGUGCAGCUGAACCAGUGGGAGAAGGCUGUGCAAUUAUCUAAAGAUUAUAAUUUAAAAGAUAUUGACUUUCUGCUGAAGAAAUACACGGACCAUUUAAAAGACAAAAGCAGCGAGAAGACGCUUGCUGUUGUACAACUUUAUCGUAGAAGCGGCAACUACAUCAAGGCAGCAAGGAUUGUUUCUGAGAUUGCGAAUGAGGAAAGGAAAAAGCAAGCUCAACCUUUACGGCUUAAAAAGCUCUAUGUUCUAAAUGCCCUUCUGAUUGAACAAUAUCAUCAGCAUCAUAGGAAGAAGAUAGCAAAUAAUGAUGAUGAGAAGUCCAAAGUAAAAAUCGCUUUGGAGGAGUUAAUGGAAGAAAAUACAAGCCUUUCUGUUGCAGACUCCAUCCUUAUAGAUAACGCUUGGAGGGGUGCUGAAGCCUACCACUUUUACAUGCUCGCUCAGCGACAGUUUUAUCAAAAACGCUUAGAAGCAGCUCUGAAAACUGCCGUACACCUUACAGACUAUGAGGACUACAUAGAUCCUGUAGAAAUAUAUUCUUUGCUGGGUAAGCAAAAGGCCGAACAAAGGUUAAUUGUGCAAGAAGUAGGAACAAAACAUAAGGAGUUUCUUUAUGUUCGUCUCCUCACAAUCUGUUUUGCUGUAAAUUUAGCUUUGAUAAGUUGUGCUGCUGGCCAGUUCUACGUCUGUAGCCGUGCGUUCAUGAAACUGGAAUCGCUUCCAACAUUGUCUGAACAGGAGAGGCAGUCAUACAGCAAACUGGCUAUAGAAAUAUUCACAAAGCAUCCUCCUGAAGACACAAAGCAAGCUUUGGUGGAGUGUCCUUACUGCAAAGGAAAAAUUCAGAAUUACUGUUCGUCGUGCCCUCAUUGUAACACAAAUUUUCCUGCCUGUGUGAUCACUGGACAACCCCUGCUAGAAUAUCAUUUCUGGAGUUGUCCUUCCUGCAAACAUCGAGCCUCUGAACGUGAAAUCAGAUCAGUUAAGUACUGUGCACUAUGUCAUUUUAAUUUAGUUAACGAACUAACUUAA